CGUUUGAUAACCAAUUCGAAACAGCAACAUGAAACAAAACAAAAAUAACAACAGCGCAGCAAACUCAGUUUGCCAGUUGUCGGCCUUUGGGUUUCAGUGAAAAGCAAAGCGUUCGUCAGGCAGCAACGACAAUGACAACAACAAAAGCGUCUCAUAUUGCGGCGUUGGACGUUGGGACGACGUACUUGCGAUGCUUUGUUCUUGAUGAUAAAUGUGUGGUCAAGGGGUCGGCAGCGGAUACAGUUGAGCUAUUGAAUCCGCAGCCCGGUUACUUUGAGAUCGAACCCGAGGGAUUGUGGCGCAAGAUAGUCAAGGUGAUAACGGACUCGAUACGAGAUGCCAAGUUGACGCCUGCAAAUAUUACCUGCUUAACUAUUUCCACACAACGCUGCACAUUUCUCACCUGGAAUCACAGGACCAAAGAAUAUUAUCAUAAUUUUAUUACAUGGAAAGAUUUGCGUGCCGAUGAUCUCGUCCAAAAAUGGAACUCCAGCUGUUCACUGCGCACCAUGAAUGGUGUAUCCUAUGUCAUGUACCUGCUGACCCGAAAUGCACGAUUUCUGGCGGGGAGUGUGCUCAAACUGAUGAAUGGCCAGGUGACACCGCGUCUGCUCCACGAGAUGGCGCACAACAAGCGACUGCAGCAGGGAUUACGGGAUAAGACGGCACGCCUGGAGCUGCUCGAUUCGUGGAUCUUGCACAAACUGCGCUCUGGCAAUGGCCUGGAUCCGGAUGUGGAACAUAUUACUGAUAUUAGCUCAAGUACUGCCACUGGACUGUAUGAUCCCUUCACCUUGGGCUGGUCGCCGCUCAUUCGCUAUCUUUUUGGCAUCGAUGUGGACAUUAUGCCACGCGUCGUGGACAACAGCUACAAGAACUUUGGAUACGUACAUCCCGCUGUCUUUGGCCCAGACUGGGGCGACACCAAGAUUCCCAUUGCCGCCUCCCUCAGCGACCAGACGGCUGCCAUGUGGGGCUCUCAAUGCUUUGCCAAAGGGGACAUCAAGGUGACCAUGGGCACGGGUGCGUUCCUCAACAUGGUGACUGGCGUGGACUGCAAGGCUGUGAUCAGCGGCAUGUAUCCGCUUGUGGCAUGGCAGCUGAAGCAGGAGAAGCGACAACCCGAUACCAUUUACUGCAUUGAGGGAGCAGCUCAUGAUUUUGGCACUGUGGUAUCCUGGGCGCAAUCCUGUGAACUGUUUGCGAAUCCAGCAGAUACCUCCGACAUGGCUCUGUCAGUGCCAGACACAAAUGAUGUCUACUUUAUGCCCGCAUUCAGUGGAUUGGGUCCGCCGGUGAAUGAUUAUCGUGCUGCGAGUGGCUUUAUUGGCAUGACUCCGUCCACGACCAAGGCGCACAUGGUGCGAGCGCUGCUGGAGAGCAUUGUUUUUCGGGUGGUUCAGCUCAUCGAGAGCGCCAAGAAGGAAACGAAACAGAAACUGAAAAUAAUCAAAGUGGAUGGAGGCGUCUCGCGGAAUGACUUUGUCUGUCAGUUCCUCGCCGAUGCCAGCGGCUUGUGUGUGGAGCGUGCCGAGUGCUCCGAGUCCAGCAUUAUGGGUGCCACUUAUCUGGCCGGUGUUAAUCAUGGCAUUUGGCAUACGCUCGAGGAUCUCAAGAGUUUCCGCAAGGUGGAAUGCAUCUUUGAGCCGCAACCAAAGCUAAAGGCAAUCAUUGCCAGCCGGAUGGAGAGAUGGAGCAGAGCCAUCGAACGCUUUAGCGGAUGGUACUAAUGAGAUUACAAGCAAUACUAUGUUACAGGGUUUUUCAGAAUGAUAUUAUAUUAUUUUUUGUUGACGUUCUUAAAUUUGUUAAAUUAAAUACUAAAAGUUA